AUGUCGAGAGGAGGACAUGUGCCCCUCGCGUUCGGGCAAUCGGACGGCUCGGGGUUGCCCGACGACAAGGGUAGAUGUCCUCAUGCCGUCUUUCUUCCCGGUAUGCCCGGUCAAAUCCCAACAGUCAGGCAUCAAAGCGCUGACCGACAUUCACAGCUCGCGUUUGGGAUUCUAGCGGAUGUGUACGAAAUCGGCUCGCUGCUCUUUCUCAACCGCAAACGAGCCAUCAACACAGUUGCUGUAUGUUUCGACAUUGCUUUGAUAGGAGUAGGCAUCUUCUGCUUCCUGAUUCUUGGCACCGUCGACGAAGGGUCGGGAGAACGACGGGCCCAUUGGGCCAAGGACAUGACAAAUGCCAUGAUCUUUAUGAUCGUCUUUUGUGAUUGGGCGGGGAUAGCUUCAGUUAUGCCCUGGACCUUCCAUCUGAACAUCCUCGACCUGAGGGCCAGGAGGGGCUCAGCUUUAUCAACCGAUUGCACCAACGGGCGUCGCGCGGCGGAGGUGGUGCCACUAGCACAGCAGGUCCCCGAGCUCAAGUUCUUUUUAUACCAUGCUCGUCGGGGUUUCCUCGCCCAAGAUGGUGGGUUGAUCCCCUGGCCCUUCCAAAGCCCCUGGUCGCCAGAAGACACCGAUUUCCUGGGAAAGAACCUUCUCGACUUCCAGAUGAAGUGCGCGAGGGUAACUGUUAUCGCCAUCGAGUUCGGCGAGGACGACCACCCAAACCCCGCCGCUCAAGAAGAGCACACCGCCAACCAUGUGUAUGGCGGUAGCCCGGCCCUCGCCGCGGAAGAAGCAGACCGUGAUUAUCUCGAUCUCGGGGAGGAGCAAUCCCUCGGCGACGACCAGCCCGACGCUGAUUGUCACACGGAUCACCACGUGGACGCAACCAUCACCAAUCGUUUUCAGAAAUCAAUGGCCACUCAUCGCCCUUGUAACAUUGGUAACCAAGCCGGCCCAUCGAACUCGCGCCCGAACUUGAAGCGCAGAAGAAGUUGGUCCGAACAGGAAACCCAACUCCUCUUGGACCUUCACGCCGAAAAGGAUACGAACGGUAAGAAAAUCUGGACUUACCCCAAGAUGAUGGAAAUCCCGCAGUUCCGCGGCCGGACUCGGAACGCUCUUGAGUCGAGGGUUUACUGGUGCACCAAGAACAGGACGGAAUCGGCGCCGCCGGAAGACCAGUGA